AUGGCAUCACCACAGGAUGACCUUCUUGGCGCUUUUGAUGAUCCUUUUCCCUCCCAGCACAUCAGUAUUCUAACUAGCAAUCCCGAAGUACGAGAGCGAGUCAAAUACGAAGAACGCGAAUAUCGAGGCUAUGCAAUAUUUGAUUUACCUGAGCAAUUUUCCCAUGGCGAACUGUCGAUAGAUCCCGCGGAAUUCCUCCAAAUUUGGUUACCUUCUUCCCUCGUCUUUUCUGUGAACAUGCAGAAUGCAGAAAAUCCAAGGCAUGUGUGGUUUGUUUUCCACCAACAAGAACACGACCAGAAAGCCGUGGAGUUCUUUGGAUGGGUGCUUGGGGAACACAGCCGUAGUAUCCGCCCGGAUAUCAGUACCGCUCUGAGUGCCGAACCACAAACGGAAUCGAUGAUCAACAAAAUUUGUGGCAGGGCAUAUGUGAAAUGUUUCUGUCACAAACAGUAUUGGCCACUAUAUCCCAAAUUCGUCUACUUCUUGAUUCUUCUGCAGGAAGAACUUCGUGCCGGCGAAAAUCAAAGUGAAUCUGAUGAUGACGAAAUGUCCGAAAUAUGA